UCGAGGACAAUGGAGACGAUGAAAUCUGCUGCGAUAGAACUACACAGACCGCUUUGAAUGUAGAUACGCAGCCAUGAAGCACCUCAGCAGCCAUUUGACGCUUCUCGUAUGCGUUGUCCACGCUCAUGCAGGAUUCAACUGUUUCAAAAACUGCAAAAGGGAAAAGCCUGUCCCCCACCCGACACCAAGCAUCUGUCUGAAAACACCGGUCCUAGGACGCUGCAAACCAUUACUGAAUAAUUGGUAUUUUGACCAUUAUUUUAAGGAGUGUGUGAAAGUUAAUCCUACCCUCUGCGGCACUGGCAACAACCUCUUCGGGACGCUUGAGCGAUGCAAAAAAGUCUGUGAACGUGCUGUUGGACCAGCGCAGAUCUGCUUGACACCACCGAGAUUUGCCAGCGCUAGACCGCUGCUACAACAUUGGUAUUUCUCAGUUGAAUGCGCUUGCUGCAAGAGAUUAAACUACACCUUAGGCUCUGCAAGCAGGAACAGAUUUUCGUCUGAGCUUAAGUGCCAGGAGGUUUGUAUACCAAACCGUAACCCGACGGCAGUAUGCAGCCUGACGCCAGUAUCUGAGGGUUGCUUGCGUUUUAAAAAACGUCUCAAGCAGUGGUACUUCAACGCGACGAGAAACACCUGUCGUCGUUUCUCGAACGGUGGUUGCGCCCACAAUCGCAAUGGAUUUACAUCAUUCAAUAUGUGCAUGGCACGAUGCAGUUGCUUCAAACCAGAAGAGACCUUGGAUGAAACUCAAGCAGAGCACACAGAACUAGAGUAGGCGUGUUUGCUGCACUUCGCGAACGCUUCGCUGAUAUAUGUGCAAACACGUCAUCAAUGACUCUCGUUCAAGAAUAUAAAAGCCAUUACCUACCUGAAAUGAAUUAUCCACGUAUAAAUUAUUUCACGGACAAUAAUGAACUCGAUCAAGCAUAACAAACUUGGUAUCUAGUAGAAUUUGUGGAACCUGUUGUCACAGACUAGACAAAUAAUUCCAACCUGUGCUUUGUUACAGUACAUUCUGCAGUUAUAACCGCCUACUUCGCGGAAUAGACGUGUGGCAGUGUGAAUAUACCUAAUUGUUAUAUAAAUGUUAUCCAAGUCAUUAUCUACCUGUUAUGGUGAUCUAGUAUAUACCCAAUAAAGGUAUUGUAGUUG